CCUAUAGAUUAAGAACAGGCUCUUGAUGUUCUAGCUAGAGCCAAAAAGUCAGUAGUGAAAUGGCAUCCCAAACUCACAACUGGUCUCUCUUUCUCCUCUGCAUGAUAACUCUUCAGUGCUAUCAGAUCUUCUCCACUGUAGCUACACCCGAUGCCAAACUGUAUAUUGUGUACAUGGGGGAGAGGAAGCACGACAACCCAGAGGAUGUCACCGCCUCACACCAUGACCUGCUCACUUCUCUCUUUGGAAGGAAGGAGGAUGCCCUGGCUUCGCUGGUGUACAGUUACAAGCAUGGCUUCUCAGGCUUUGCAGCUAUGAUCACGGAAGAGCAAGUGGAAGAAUUAGCAGAGUCGCCUGACAUUGUGAGUGUAGAGCCAAGUAGAAAUUAUGAGCUGCAAACAACACGGAGCUGGGAUUUUCUGGAGCUUCAGUAUGAUCAUCCAACGAAACUCCUUGAGAGGAGCAACUAUGGAGAUGGGAUCAUCAUAGGGAUCGUUGAUACAGGGAUCUGGCCGGAAUCCAAGAGCUUCGACGAUGAUGGCUACGGGCCGAUCCCUACACGGUGGAAAGGCGUGUGCCAGGUCGGUGAGGCCUUCGGGCCUUCCAACUGCAGCCGCAAGAUCAUCGGCGCCCGCUACUACACCGCCGGCAUCGACGCCGACGACGUCAAGGAGGACUUCCUGUCGCCGCGCGACUUCUUCGGCCACGGCACUUACACCGCCUCCAUCGCCGUCGGCUCCGUCGUGCCCGGCGCCAGCUUCCACGGCCUGGCCACAGGGGCCGCUCGCGGCGGCGCUCCCCGCGCCCGCCUCGCGGUGUACAAGGUCAUCUGGUCGAGCAGCGAAGGGCCCGUGGCUACCAGCGCCGGCGUGCUCGCGGCCAUCGAUGACGCAAUCCACGAUGGCGUGGACGUGCUGUCGCUGUCGCUGGGGGUGCCGCACGAGGACUCCUUCGGCGCGCUGCACGCGGUGGCGAAGGGGGUGACGGUGGUGUACGCGGGCGGGAACAGCGGGCCCACUCCGAAAUCCAUCGUCAACACCGCGCCCUGGGUCAUCACGGUGGCCGCCAGCACGAUCGAUCGUUCGUUUCCGACAGUGAUCAGGCUAGGAAACAAUCGAACUUUCAUUGGCCAGUCAAUCUUCUACAACCGGACCUAUCAAUCACGCAACAAAUUCCGGCCUCUCCACGAUGGCGGAAGUUGUACACAGGAAUCCCUGAAUGGAACAGACAUAAGCAGAUCGAUCGUGCUUUGCAAUUCGAAUAACUCAAUCUCACCUGUAUUUUCGUUCAUCGAGGCAUUGUCCAACGUCUUGAAUGCCGGGGGAAAGGGGCUCAUUUUUGCACAGUUCACGACUAAUAUCCUGGAUAUCACUUACCAAUGCACGGGGGUCAUCUGUGUUCUUGUAGACUUCGACGUCGCAAACCGGAUCAGCAACUACGCAGCCGCAAAAAGUUCGCCUGAAGUUGCAGUGGAGCUGACGCACAGUGGUGUAGGAGAAGGAGUUCUGUCUCCAAAAGUAGCAUGGUUCUCUUCGAGAGGGCCAGCUGUGCUUUUCCCUGGAGUGCUCAAGCCGGAUGUUGCUGCACCUGGCGUGAGCAUCUUGGGAGCAGAGAGGGACAGCUACACUUUGGGCUCAGGAACAUCGGCAGCCUGUCCACAUGUAUCAGGAGUGGUCGCCUUGCUCAAGUCCCUCCAUCCCGACUGGUCUCAUGCUGCGAUCAAAUCAGCACUGGUCACAACAGCAUCGAACAUCAAUGCCUACGGCAUGCCGAUACAAGCAGAAUCGACCCCACGAAAAAUUGCAGACCCUUUCGACUUGGGAGGUGGUCAGAUCGAUCCUAACAGGGCCUCCGAUCCUGGCCUGGUCUACGACAUCGAUCCACGGGAGUACUUCGAGUUCUUCAACUGCACUGCAGGGCGGUUUAGCGUCUGUGCUCAAGCACGGGAUCAGCAGCCUGUGUACAACCUGAACCUUCCUGCCAUCUCCGUCCCUGAUCUGAUGACCAGAAAAACAGUUUGGAGGAGGGUCACUAACGUGGGAGAGGUGGACGCCGUCUACAAAGCGCUCGUCGAAUCGCCGCCGGGCGUUCGUGUGGACGUGCAGCCGCCGGUCCUUGUGUUCAACGCCACUGCCAAGGUGCACGACUUCAAGGUGACGUUCAAGGCGGCUCACAAGCUGCAGGGAGAUUACGUGUUUGGAAGCUUGACUUGGUCUGAUGGUGGGGACCAUGUUGUGAGGAUACCGAUCGCAGCUCGCGUUGUGAUUCAGGAUUUCUACGCUGAUGUUGCGUGAGAGAAUUCAGACACGAGCAGCAACAACAUGAUAUUUCAUCGUGCAUACGUUUUGUUUUUGGCUCGAUACGGAGAAUAAGCAUGGUUUGAUUUGUUGUAUCGCA